AUGAAAGGCAAAGCUCGACUGAGUCGUUGCUUGGAUGAUAAAAUUCGAGAGUAUUUGGAUGAGUAUUUUGAUCAGUUUUUGAAGGCUCCUUCAAGUCUUUUGGAAGCUUAUGAGUAUCUUCAGGGCAGAGAUUCGCUUUUAAGGCGUACUAAAAAACAAGUAUUGGAGAUGUCUAUUAAAAGGGUUUUGGGGGAAAAAGGACCGGGAAUAUCUAAUAAAUUACUAGGUGAAUCUCUUGGGGAUAUGAAGGAGACAGAAUUUUUCGAAAAAACGGCGAUUUCCUGUGAAAAUUUGAGCAAGAUCAGUAUAAAAAAAGAGGAAAGAUCUGUAUUGGACAGUGAAGAAGAUGUUUUAAGUCAGAAAGAAUUAUUAAAAUCGGGUUAUUCUUCAUUAAAAAAUGAAAAAAUAAUGAAAGAUCGAUCUUAUGAUAUUUCCAUGUCUAAACGUAAGAAUAAGAUGGAGAAAAGUGAUAUUCCUAGUAAAAGAUUAAGAGUUAAUGAAAAUUAUAAUCCACCUAAAGGGAUUUUGUUUGAUGAUCUCGGGGGUAUAGAUGAAUGUAUUGAUGAGAUUCUUGAAUAUAUUGUGAUGCCUUUGAUGCAUCCUGAGGUUUAUUCUUAUAUUGGUAUUCAACUUCCAAGAGGGGUUUUACUUCAUGGCCCUUCAGGAUGUGGGAAGACUUUGCUUGCAAAUGCUAUAGCAUCUGAAAUUGGUUUACCAUUUAUAUCUAUUUCUGCACCGUCUAUUAUUUCUGGUAUGUCUGGUGAAUCAGAAAAAAAGAUUCGAGAUAUGUUUAAUGAAGCAAAAUCGAUUGCUCCAUGUCUUAUAUUUAUUGAUGAAAUUGAUGUAGUAACACCUAAGAGAGAGAAUGCACAACGUGAAAUGGAAAGGCGGAUUGUCGCUCAAUUUCUUACAUGUAUGGAUGAUCUUUCUUUGGAUAAAACAGGUGGAAAACCUGUUUUAAUAAUCGGGGCGACGAAUAGGCCUGAUUCAUUAGAUCCUGCCUUACGUAGAGCUGGUAGAUUUGAUCAUGAGAUAUGUCUGAAUGUUCCAAAUGAAAUUGGGAGAGAAAAAAUUCUUCGAACACUUCUUAAAAAAGUACGUCUUUCUGGUGAUUUUGACUAUAGAAAGUUGGCAAAAAUGACACCAGGAUACGUAGGCGCAGACUUGAGUUCUCUUAUUACUGCAUCUGGUAUUGUUGCUAUUAAAAGGAUUUUUAAAUUAUUACAAAACAAUGCAUCAUUGAAUGAAAAAACAUUAUCUCAAUCAAAUAUGGAUUCUUCUAGUCCUUUAGACAAAAAUAAUAGUCGGGUUUCCAUGACGGAUUUGAAUUCUUUCAUAUCUGACAGUUUUCAAAAUACUGCUAUUAUUCAACGUUUUUUAAAAACAUACCCUAAUACAUUACCUAAUGAUGUUUUAUCAUUAAUGUGUAUUACUAUUGAUGAUUUUUUAGAGGCACUUCCUAAGAUUCAGCCAUCAUCUAAGCGUGAAGGAUUUGCAACUGUUCCAGAUGUAACGUGGGCAGAUGUUGGCGCAUUAGAGUCUAUUCGUAUGGAAAUGCAGAUGGCUAUUGUCCAGCCUAUCAAACAUCCAGAAUUGUAUGAAAGAGUAGGUAUUACAGCGCCUUCUGGAGUGUUGCUUUGGGGGCCUCCUGGCUGUGGGAAAACUUUAUUAGCCAAAGCAGUAGCUAAUGAAAGUCGGGCAAAUUUUAUUUCAGUUAGAGGCCCGGAAUUAUUGAAUAAGUAUGUCGGAGAAUCAGAACGUGCUGUUCGCCAAGUAUUUUCAAGAGCAAGAGCUUCUGCUCCAUGUAUUAUAUUUUUUGAUGAAUUGGAUGCAAUUGUCCCUCGAAGAGAUGAUUCUUUACCUGAAUCUUCUGCAAGAGUAGUUAAUACAUUAUUAACAGAGUUAGAUGGAUUAAACGAUAGAAGGGGGAUAUAUGUAAUAGCUGCUACAAAUCGUCCGGAUAUUAUUGAUCCUGCCAUGAUGAGACCUGGACGUCUUGAUAAACCAUUAUUUGUAGAAUUGCCAUCUGAAGAUGAACGUUAUGAAAUUUUAAAAACGUUGACUAAAAAAACACCUAUUUCCUCAUCUGUAAAUCUUCUACAGAUUGCAAAAGAUCAAAGAUGCCAAAAUUUUAGCGGUGCUGAUUUAGCUGCACUUGUUCGAGAAGCUGCUGUUCUUGCUCUUCAAAAUACCUUUUUUAUCGAUCUUUUUACUGAAAAAAUGCUUCAGAAUGAUUUUCAAGAUAUUCCUUUAUAUAUUGAACAGUAUCAUUUUGAUAAGGCUUUUUUAACAAUACGACCUAGCGUUUCUGAUAAAGAUCGAGAUCGUUAUUAUAAUCUUAAUCGUCGUUAUGGUUGUUUGACUACCGAAUCGUCAUAA